UAAACCAUAUUAUAGUCUAUAAAGUCAACAAAAACAGAUAACCAAACUAAUCACUCUCGACCUUGUCAUCACACUCUCAUAACAGUCGCAACUACGAAUUAAUCAACACACCAUGAAGAUUUUGCUCCUCUUGAUACCCCUAUUCUCCUCCACCCUUUCCUUCACACCACUUUUCCCAUCAUCACCCCUCUCGGACGUCGAAUCGCUCCACCGCCUGAUCGACAUAGUCAAAACCAACCACCUCAACCUCUCCAUCGUCAUCUCCAAACAAGAAACCAACGCCGACGUCGCCUUGGACGUGUCAGUCUCCCUCACCAUUCCCCUAAACCACCAAGCCCGCACCCGCCCGACCCUCGACCAACCCGCCUGCCAAAAAUUUUUGGAAUUCGCAGCUGGGGAAAAACUCGCCGCCCGAAGCUUGUUUUGCAAAGACAACGACCACUUCAAAAUGGAAAACACGGGCGGGAUGCCCAACAGCCACGCCCAUCGAGUGUCAACGGUGCUAGACGACGGGAAGAAGAACGUGUGGUCGGACAAAAACUACAUCUCGCGGUAUAGUUUCGUGGUUGGAGGAAACGUGACGAAGAAAGUGGUUUUCGGCGACUUUGACAUUGAGGUGAAACGGGCGGCGAAUUUUACUGAUGAAGAGGUGACCAAAAGCAAGAAACUUCUCUUGAGGGCGUUCCUCGAAUACACGCCGAAUGACUUUAGUCGGGCGUUGGUGGCGAUGUUUGGUCAAGAGUUUGGUCACAGGUGGCAAUUGGUGGUUGAUUUUAACGAAAAAGGGUACAUCAAACCGAAGAAGAUCAUCGAGUUGAAGCUUCUUAACAAAAGAUACAUGAUAUAUUCUGUUUAAUUGAUAAUAAAAGUACAUUUAAAUUUUAA